AUGACAGUUUCAAUGAGUUCAAGGGAGAAGGUGAAGCCGCGACCAUUAGAAUCAAAGGGCGACAUGGGUGGUGAAGUGGAGGGCGAGCUGAGACGUCCUCCUUUCAAACUAUGCUUUCUAGAUCAGGUCAUUCCACCCAACUACACCUCACUCGUCCUCUUCUACCCCAUGGCCAAGAUUACUACUACUGAUGAGUACUGGAGCCCUGAAUCGAUGUCCAACAACCUCAAGGAAUCACUAUCACACACCCUCAACUCCUUCUACCCACUAUCUGGAAGGGUCAAGGACAACAUCAUCGUCGACGACUUCGAAGCAGGUGUUCCCUUCAUCGGAUCUCGUGUUCAAGGUCACCGGAUGUCGGAGUUUCUCCACCCUCCCAAGCUAGACCUCCUCAACAAGCUUUUCCCCGUGGAACCAUUUUGUCGCCACACCGAACCGGGGCAGUUGCCUCCUCCCCAAGUCACCGUUCAGAUGAACACAUUUGACUGCGGCGGGGUUGCAAUUGGCUUGUGUUUCUAUCACCAGACCAUGGAUGCUGCCACCACGAGCACGUUCCUCAAUACUUGGGCGGCUCACUCCCGCCAAUUAAUCACGCCUGAUAGUGCAAAAAAAGAAGUCGAACACGUGUCCGCAAAGGAUUUGUCGGGAGGAUACUCGACUUUCCCACCUCCAACAUCUGGCGUUGGCGUACCACCUCAUGAGUUGGCGUCCUUGAUGGACAGGUUAUGGUUUCCACCUGAGAAGAACACCGUCGCAACGACCAGGAGAUUCGUGAUCCGGAAUCAUGCAAUAGCCACCUUGAAAUCUCGGGCCACGGCCGCAGGCAUUAGCAAUCCUACUCGGAAUGAAGUAAUAUUGGCUUUCAUUUGGAAGUCCAUGGUAGCAGCUGCCGCAGCUUCUGAAUCUCCGAAGCCGUUGUGCCUUCGUCAAGCUGUCAACCUCAGGUCGAGAAUGAAGAAAAAGAAGAACAACAAAGAUGAUUUGAUACUUUCACAACACUCCAUUGGAAACCUCUACUCAAUGUCCCAAUCGUUUUUUUGUGACGACGAUCCGGCGAAUGAUGGUGAAAUGGACAACCCCAACAGUAUUCAGAUCGGUGCUUAUUCUCACUUGGUGGGGCUUAUAAGGGAAGGAAUGACAAGAUUGUUGGAUGACAAGUGCCUUAAUCUCUUAUCAUCUGAUCGAGGGCCAGAGAUGUUUUUCCAAGGGAUGAAGCAUUUGCAAAGCGCUGUAGUCCCGAGUGUGAGUUUCUCGAGUUGGAUCGGGUUUGGGUUCAGUGACCUGGAUUUCGGCUGGGGGACACCAGUGUGGAGUGGUGUGGUGGGAGAAGCUAGCGGGAAUAACCCUGUUUUGACUAACAUAUUUGUCCUCAAGGAAUUAGCACCCAAGGAUGAUGAGGAGGUCUACAAUGGCGUCGAGGUGUGGAUGAGGGUAGAUCCCAUUCUGAUGGCUUCUCUUGAAAAGAAUGCCCACUUCUUGGAAAUAGCGUCUCCUAAUCCUCCCAUUAUUUUCUAA